AUGGGCAUGGAUUACUUAUUAGCUGCUGUGUUGUUCGUGACGUUAGCGCUAGCAACCUUGCUGCUCGGCUUGGUUUUGAGAUUCGGGAUCGGCGAGCUCUGCGAUCCAAGGCUACCGCCGGGUUGGAGGGGCUUGCCGCUCGUCGGAGAGACGCUCGAGUUCUUCACCGCGUCCCCGACCCUCGAGCUGUUGCCCUUCUUCAAGCGACGGUUGGAGAGAUACGGGCCGAUCUUUCGGACGAGCCUUGUCGGUGAGGACCUGAUCGUGUCGCUCGACCCGGAGUUGAGCACGCGCGUGCUGCAGGAAGAGGAGCGCGCCUUCCAGAUAUGGUACCCGCCGUCCUUCAUGCGCGUCCUGGGCGCCGACAGCAUCAUCACCGCUCUGGGUCCUCUCCACCGCCACAUCAGGGCGCUCGUGCUCCGCCUUUUCGGCCCCGAGAGCCUCCGUCUGGUCCUGCUAUGUGACGUGCAGCGGAGCGCGCGCGCCGAGCUGCGGUCCUGGCUCCGGCUGCCCGGCGUCGAGGUCAGAGCGGCCACCUCCAGGAUGAUAUUUGGCGUGACGGCGAAGAAGCUGAUCAGCCACGACGACACGGCCUCGGAAGAGAGCCUGUGGAAGUGCUUCGACGCGUGCACCAGGGGGCUGCUGGCGUUCCCGCUCUGCGUUCCCGGCACAGCCUUCUACAGAUGCAUGCAGGGACGCAAGAGGGUCAUGAAGAUGCUGAAGGAGCAGCUCGGUGCACGCAGGAACGAGCCGGAGCGCGAGGCGGUAGAUUUCUUCGAUCUUGUGAUCCACGAGCUGGACAAGCCAGACACUGAACUGAACGAGAACACCGCGCUGGACUUGCUGUUUCUGAUGCUCUUUGCUAGCCACGAGACCACGUCGAUUGGACUGAUCGCGAUUCUCAAGUUUCUGACAGAUGACCCCAAAGCAUUGCAGGAACUAACGGAAGAGCAUGAGAAUGUCCAGAAAAGAGGGGCAGAUCCAGACUCUGAUGAAAUCACCUGGGAGGAGUACAAAUCUAUGAAAUUCACAUCUCAUGUUAUACACGAAGCCCUUAGGCUGGCAAAUAUUGCUCCUGUAGUGUUUAGAAAAACAAUACAGGAUGUACAGAGCCGAAUCACAAGCCAAAGCAUUGCGUUCGUUGCGUUGUGUCUUCUAGGAUGGGUGAUCGGAGUGCGGGAAGCGGAGGUGCAGGCGGCGGCGGUGUUGGAGCCACCAACUACACAAGUUGGAGCAUCUGAGUCCAAGCAAUCAUGGAAGAUCAAGGCGUUUGGGAGGUGGUGGAACCGCCGGAGGGGGACGUCGGAGACGCAGACGACAGCUCAGUCCGGCAAGGACAAGAAGGUGCGGGCGCACCUGUUGCAGUGCCUGCCGGAUGAUCUGCUGAUGCAGGUGGCGAAGAAGAAGACAGGCAAGGAAGUUUGGGACUGCCUGAAGUCGAGAUUUGUUGGUGCCGAGUGUGUCAAGGAGGCACGGUUGCAGACGCUCAAGAGCGAAUUCGAUGCCAUGAAGAUGAAGGAGGAAGAGAUGCUUGAUCAGUAUGCUGGCAAGCUGAUGGGGAUGUCAGUGAGAUACAACAACUUGGGCGGCACGUUGGAUGACGUGGCCAUGGUGAAGAAAUUGUUCGACACCGUGCCGGAGAGGUUCAUCAACGUUGUUGCUAGGAUUGAGCAGUUCUAUGAUCUCAAGACCUUGGCGUUAGAAGAGGCGGUUGGGCAUUUGAAGGUGUAUGAAGAGAGAACUCGGCGAGGAGCCGUGAACUUGAAGACUGAAGGUGGGCAGUUACUCCUCACUUAG